CUUGCCUGAGAUGCUCUGCCCCCUUUCCACUUGGAGUGGCCCCGCCCCUCGACUCUUAUUGGGACGUUGCUGUGAGGCUCCGCCCCUUCUCUGUCUGAUGCCGCUGACAAGUGCUCCCUUCCCCCUCUAUGGCCCGCCCCUCGUCUCUGAUUGGGAGGGAGCUAUGAGUCCCCGCCUCCUUUCUCCUCUGAUGCUGCUGAGGGGCGUUCCCUUCACCCUCUGUGACCACGCCCCUCGUGUCUGAUUGGGCCAUUUGAAUCUUGGCGGGGCGGGGCCAAGGAGCAACGGCUGCCGCCAUGUCUGCUUGGUCUCGGAGCCUCCGCUUCGGAGGGAGACAGACAGAAAGGGAAAGGCCCAAGCCAAGCCGCUCUGCUGAGGAGAAUGCCGCCGCAGCGGAGCGGAGGCGGCAGCUGGACGAGUUCCUGGCCCAGAAAGGGAGGCCCAGGCCGGCGGGUGGCAGGCCCUACUUGAAGGACAGGACCAAUGGGCAGGCCUUGGCUCCCUCCAGACCGGACUCGGUGGCCAGGACGAAGCACAGGGAAGCCGCCCCAAGCAAACCCAAGGCGGCCCCCGUCAAGAAAGCGGUGCCCGGAGCGCCCCACCGCCCUGCGACAAAGGAGCCCCCAGCGGCUGGGUCCCGCUUUCCCCGGGAGCCCCCCUCCCAAACCCACCCUGAGAAGCCACUCAGGAAUGACCACAACAAAGGAAAACAGAAGGCAGAGGAUGGGAAAGAGAAUGCCGUUGUUGGAGUGACCGCAGUCCGACCGACUCAAAAGAGGGCUGUUUCCAGACCGGCGUUUGGAAGCCAUGCAUCCAAGCAAUCUGUACAUUUGGGGAGUAAGGGGACAUUCUCCCUGAACUCAGCAAAUCCUAAAAAGAAGCACCAAACUCCCCCGCCAGGCAAGAAGCCCUCCGCCCAUCCAAGGAGCCAUUCGGCUGCACCCAAAAGCGGAGCCGAGAGGAAGCAAGGCAACUUCAGGCAACAGCCGAGGACCCCCAAUGCAAAGCCUAGACCCCGGACCUCUGCCGUCCACACAGCUCCUGCCUCUGGGGGGCUCCGAAAUGGCAGGAGAGAGCCCCCCAAACCCAAGCACCCGGAUGUGGGCCCAGGCCAAGAGCUCAAGACCCCUUCUGCUCCCGACCGGAGGAAGCUGCUGGAGGACUGGGUGGCGUCCCGAGGAAGGACCUACAAGAGGCCCCCCAUGCGCCCCGCUGCCCCGAAGCCUCCGAAGGCAAAGUCCAGCCUGAACCUCGCCUUCUGGGGCUCCUUGGAGGAGGAGGAGGAGAAAGAGGAAGCGGAGAAGGAGGAGCAGCACCUGGCCAACGAGAUCACACACACCUUGGCAGAGUGCCGGAAGCUGGCCGAAGAGGGCCUUCCUGAAGAGCAGAUCCUCGCAGCGCUGACCCGCAUCCCGCAAGUGGAGAGGUUUGCCCAGUUCUGGGUCUGCAAAGCCACGCUAGAGGCGCAGAGGGGCUCCUUGGACGUGGCAGGGCUCUACGAAGCCGCCCUCUCCGCUGGGGCCACGCCGCUGCAGGAGCUGCGAGAUGCUGUCACGGGUAUUUUGAAGAAUGUCAAGGCACCGUCCAGGGGUGAGCGUGCCAUGGGAUCCCUUUGCACGAGAGACCCGGAGCCUGUGAGCCCUUCUGGAGUGUGUUUCCCUUCGACCCCUGCAGCCAGCCCUGUUCCAGAGGAAGAUGUGGACCCUCCCCAGACUCCUCAGCAAAGCCCACCGUGGGCUAAGCCCUGCUCGGCCAUCAAGCUCCAGAUCCUUUCCCUGCCCAGGUCCAGCAAGCGAAGCCCUUGGCCAGAGGUGAGACUCCUGACCCCCGUGCGACGGUCCCUGCGCAUUGAAGGCGCCACCGCUUCCUACCCACAGAUGCUGAGGGACCACGACCCUGUCGUCUCCUCCCUGGAGGAAAUCGUGGCCGCAGACCACGGGAGCCAAUUCCUCUUCCGCAGCAACACAGCUCUGCCCAGAGCGGUGAGAGUGGCCGACUUUGUGACUGGACGGGCCACCUGUGGGCACAAUGCCACCCCGGCCACGACGAAAGCAUCAUUGCCACGUUGAGGAGUGUUCACACCACCUCCUUUCCUCCCAGCCUCCUUCUUUCUCUUUCUUUGUAAACAAGACUGGACCCACAGCAUUGUUCUCUGAAGCCCUUUUGGAAACAUGUCCGUCUUUAUUCUUCAAUCCAUCAAUCAGUGUGGCCAGAAUCCCUGGGUUGCUGUGAGUUUUCCGUGCUGUCUGGCCAUGUUCCAGAAGCAUUGUCUCCCGACGUAUCGCCCACAUCAGCAACCCAAUCAAUCAGCCUUUAUUACAAGGAGGAAAAGUGCACAGCAGAUUCCUAAACUGAUGAGGCCCACUUAAGAACAGGAUGAGUUCAAUGCUAAAUGCAUACAAACAAGGAAAAAACACUGCAAAUCUAUACAAGGCAAGUUUCAGCCUGGGUUUAAUACAGGAAGUUGUCUUAUCCCGGCUACUUCAGAGAGAAACUUUGCAACAACCAGGGCCACAUGGUGGAAACUAUCACUAGUACAAACCUCACAUGAAAUUGGGCUGAUCAAAUCAGGGGGUAUUAUGAAAUUGUGGUGUUACGUUGGCCGUUUACUGCUACAUUUUGUUUCUGCACUUUGUGUAUUUUGCAUGUUGUAUCUUGAGUGCUCUGUGAGCCGCCCUGAAUCCCUCUGGGAGAUGGUGGCAAGGUACAAAUAAAAUAUUAUUAUUAUUA